AUGGUGACGAAGGGAGUAGGAGCGGGAGGGAGUGGGGGUGACGACGCAUGGGCUAGGGCAGGGGACGGGAACGGGAAUGGGAGUGGGAACGGGAAGGCGACGGUGCAGGAGUUGCCGUGGCGUGAGCUAGAGAACAACCGGGGCCGGGAGCGCCGUCGCCGGAUGAUCGCGGCGAGGAUCUUCACCGGGCUGCGCAAGCACGGCAACUACACCCUCCCCCGGCACUGCGACAACAACGUCGUGCUCAUGGCGCUCUGCGAGGAGGCCGGCUGGACCGUGGAGGCCGACGGCACCACCUACCGCAUGGGACCCAAGCCUCCGGCAGGUGAUGAUCAGCAUAUGGCCGACGUUGGCGGGUCGUCUGCUCCGGUGAACCCACCAGGCGGAGCUUCCUACAGCCUGACCCGGGCGUCGUCGCCCUCCGGCAUCACGCUCGGCGGCGGUGGCAGCAGCGGGGCCGACCCCGUUCCGGCGUGGCUCAAGAACCUGUCCAAGCAGCUCAGCGACAACUCGUACCCCAACUUCUUCGCGAGCUCCUCCAACUCCAACGCGCCGGCGACGCCGCAGAACGGCACCCCGCCCUCGUCCCCGCCGCGCCUCCGCAAGAAGGCGCGCUACUCCUCCCCGCCGCCCGCCACCCCCCCGCCGAGCCCCGCGAGGGCCUCCAACGUGCUGCCGCCUCCGUUGGCUACGGGCGCUGGCGCCAGCAGCUACUCCUUCCAGACCUCCACCCCGCCGCUGAUGAGCACCGUCACCGGCGGCCGGGCCCCCGGCCCCGACCCGGUGACCCUGAUGGCGGGGUUCCAGAUAUCCACCGCCGCGGCCAACAAGGCACCGGCCUACAGCAGCUUCGUGGCGUCCGGCGCAUCGUCGCUCGGCGCCGGGAGCUCUGCUUCUGCUUCUGCCUGGAUGCUGCCGCCGCUGCCGGGACGGAGCGGCGGCGGGGCGGCGUCGUCGGUCCGUGGCCGCGGUGGCGCGCUGCUGUCCCCGCUCGGGUUCUCGUUCAGCAGGAGCGGCGGGGAGCAGUCGGGCGCAAGGGAGGAGAAGGUGAUGACUGAGAAGAACGCCGACGAGGAGGAGGGCCUGGAGCUCACCCUGGGGAACGCGGAGACCCGCAAGGACCGCGCUUGA